GCGUUGCACCGUUGCGCGUCGCGUCGUGUAUCCACGGGAACGUUAAAGGAGCGAAAGAGAGGGAGUGAGGGAGAGAGGAAGAAAGGAAGAGAGGAAUAAUCGUGCCGGUUGCACUUUGCAUCGUCCCGGCCCAUUGUGUCCAGCCGAAGAAACCGGCGAAGGCCGUUCGCGCUCUUACCCAACGUCGAAUUUUGCACUAUCGACGUUAUCGCCUCUCGCGCCGUGUCGUGUGUCCGACGCUUCCAUUUCGUGUGUUUAUUCACAAAUACUUUCAAAAAAAAAGAGAAGAAGAGUGUGUUCUAAUUAUAAGUAAAUUCUUGGUGCAAAGGUGUCAGACGAAUCUCACAAACAUGGUCGCCGGCGGCAAGAUGAUGAACGUGAGGGUGACGACGAUGGAUGCGGAGCUGGAGUUCGCGAUCCAGCAAACAACCACCGGAAAGCAAUUGUUUGAUCAGGUUGUGAAGACGAUCGGAUUGCGCGAGGUGUGGUUUUUUGGUCUUCAAUAUACUGACAAUAAGGGCGACCUUACAUGGAUCAAACUUUACAAAAAGGUGAUGAAUCAAGAAGUCAAGAAGGAGACGCCACUGCAAUUUAAGUUCCGCGCAAAAUUCUACCCUGAAGACGUCGCUGAGGAACUGAUACAAGAUAUUACACUCCGACUCUUUUAUCUUCAGGUAAAGAAUGCUAUCCUCACAGACGAAAUAUAUUGUCCACCGGAAACAUCCGUUCUGUUGGCCUCAUAUGCCGUCCAAGCAAGACACGGAGACUAUCAGAAGGGUAGCCAUCCUGCUGGCUUCUUGGCAAACGACCGUUUAUUACCACAGCGUGUUGUGGAUCAGCAUAAGAUGAGCAAGGAAGAAUGGGACAGUUCCAUUACAAAUUGGUGGCAAGAACAUCGUGGCAUGCUGCGAGAAGAUGCAAUGAUGGAGUACCUAAAAAUUGCUCAGGACUUAGAGAUGUAUGGUGUGAAUUACUUUGAAAUUCGCAACAAGAAAGGCACAGACCUUUGGUUGGGUGUGGAUGCUUUAGGUUUGAACAUCUACGAGAAGGAUGAUAAGCUUACACCGAAAAUCGGCUUCCCGUGGUCCGAGAUACGGAAUAUCUCGUUCAACGAUAAGAAAUUCAUAAUCAAGCCAAUCGACAAGAAGGCACCGGACUUUGUAUUUUUCGCCACCCGAGUCAAGAUUAACAAGAGAAUUCUCGCGCUAUGUAUGGGUAAUCACGAGCUUUACAUGCGCAGACGUAAGCCGGACACGAUCGACGUGCAGCAGAUGAAGGCUCAAGCCAGGGACGAAAAGAUCGCAAAACAGCAACAGAGAGAAAAAUUGCAACUGGAAAUAGCUGCUCGUGAACGCGCGGAGAAAAAACAGCAAGAGUACGAGGAAAGGCUAAGAAAUAUGGCGGAAGAAAUGGACAGGCGGCAGGCAGAAUUGAACGAAGCUCAGGAAAUGAUUCGUCGCCUGGAGGAACAACUGAAACAGUUGCAAGCUGCUAAAGAAGAGCUAGAAAAUCGCCAAAAGGAAUUGACGGCGAUGAUGGAGAAAUUAGAACUUUCACAUGAAAUGGAAGCUGCGGAGCGCGCCAAACUCGAGCAGGAGAUAAGAGCUAAGCAAGAGGAAGUGCAACGCAUACAGUCUGAAGUGGAGGCGAAGGACGCAGAAGCCAGGAGAUUACAGGCUGAGUUUGAAGCUGCCAAGAUGAGACAAGAAGAAGCCGACCGCCAAUAUCAAGCUAAUCAGACUCCGCAUCAUCAUCACGUUGAGGAAAAUGAAGAAGGCGAGGAAGAGGGUGAAGACGAAGUUCCUCCCGGUGACGUCACCAAGGAUCUCGCAACUGACGAAUCGAUAAUCGAUCCCGUCGAGGAGCGACGCACUCUGGCAGAGAGAAACGAACGUCUUCACGAUCAAUUGAAGGCGUUGAAGCAAGAUCUUGCCCAGUCACGCGACGAAUCCAAAGAGACGGUGAUGGACAAAAUCCACAGAGAAAAUGUACGUCAAGGUCGUGACAAGUACAAGACGCUGCGCGAGAUCCGCAAGGGCAAUACUAAACGUCGCGUUGAUCAGUUCGAAAACAUGUAAAGUGAUGACGCGCAUUUAAUAUUACCUUAUUUACGUCCUUUUCUAUCUUCAACAUCUCAUCUGACUUCGCGAAAGCGGAAAUUGCAGUAAAAUGAUAAACGAGAUAAAGCGAUGAAGAGAGGAAGAUAAACAGAAAGAGAAAGAAAAACGUAGAGAGGUAUAGAUUCUACAAUGAUGUAUAAACAGAAUUAUUUUGAAUAACACUUUCGAUAAAAAUUAA